AUGGACACUGGUGAUCAAUUUUAUCUUAUUCCAAUGGAUGGUAGAUUAGUUUGUAGACAAGACUUUGAAACUGCCCAAAAAGAAUCAGCAGAAAUGGAUUUGGGCAAUAAACGUCCAAGAACAACAAUUUCAGCAAAAAGUUUAGAAAUGUUAAAACAUGCAUAUCAAUGUAGUAAUAAACCUGCUAGACAUAUUCGUGAACAAUUAGCUAGCCAAACUGGUUUGGAUAUGAGAGUUGUUCAAGUUUGGUUUCAGAAUCGGCGUGCUAAAGAAAAACGUUUAAAGAAAGAUACACAUCGUCGUUAUUUAUCAAAUAAUCAAAGCGAUCAACAUUCUCCAGAUUGUUUCAGUAUAGAUAUGAGAAGUAAUGGGAGAGGUUGUGGAAGUGGUCCCAGUUCUGUCCCUUCAUCUAUUGGAUUACAAAAUUUAUUUGGAAGGAAUGGAACUAUAGAUUCUGAUUCUGGAGCGUCUAAUAAUGAUGCUGAAAGUCCAAUUUAUAGUAUAUACACAAAUCCAUCAGAAAUUGAUGUAGAUGGAAGUGGAGAAUUUUGCCCAGAUCAACAAACAACAUUAGAUGGAGGGGAACAACAAAGACAACAACAACAUUACCAUAAUCAACAAUUAAAUGUUGAUUCCUUCCCAACAGGAAUUGUUGUAUCAGAACAAUCAAAAACUCCCCAACCACCUCAACAACAACUUUUUUCAUUUGAACAACAAUUAAAUAUUUCAACAACAAAUCAACAACAGCAACAUUCUCAACCAUCUACCCCCCAACAAUUAAAUAAUCCAAAUCAGUCAAUUAAUAAUAAUUUAAUCUUUUCACCUCCAAUUAGUUCAAUUAAUUGUUCACAACCUUCACAGGCAGCUUUGCUAGCUGAACAACAAUAUUUACUUGCUGCUGCUUUUGUUUAAUAUUUUCUUAAAUUUUUAUGUGCCCCAACCCAACCAAUACAACUUAACCAACCUUUUCUUAUGGUUGGUGGAAUACAUCAACAACAACAACAACAAAAUCAACAACAAUUUCCCCCAACUUCAACACCCGAAUUUUACCAACAAAAUUUUAAUGGAAUUAAUUUGCCAUCUACUACUCAAAAUAUGGCUAUACAAUUUUCUCCAUUACAAAUGCAUCCUUCACAUUAUAAUCCAAUUACCCAAUGAAUUUUUGAUGGAAGAUAGUGAAAGAAAAAUAUUUCUGGAAAAAAUUAUA